AUGAAAGUGUUAUGUUGCUUUUUCUUUUGGAUUUCAUUUGUGAAUAGUUUAAUUAAGGAGUUUCAAGCGAGUCAGAAUUAUUUGCUAAUUGAAAUAUUUAGUGAGGACUGGAUUGAUAUGAAAAUUGAAGUUGCAGAAAACUCAGUUAUAAUGAAUGAAAUAGCAUAAUAAAAUACUCAAUAUUUAAACAUGUAUUACAAACUCAAAAUUGGAUCAGACUAUAGAUUGGACAUUUUUGUUAUGCCAGAUAGUAAUUUUACUAUCAGUGAGGCCCCGUUCAGAAGCUGUCCAAAUAAUUGUUCAAAUAAGGGAGAUUGUCAAAACUUAUAAUGCCGCUGCUAAGUCAUGGCUGCGGGAGAUAGAUGCCAAUAUGAAGUUGUUUAACUCUAUAAUAGGAGUCAAUAUUCUGAAAGCCUGAAAUCUCAUUAAACAUUAAUUAUUGCAAUCUUUUAUUAGCAAGAUCAAUUAAUAGACGAUUAGGAUUAGACAAGAAAUCUCCAAAUCGAGUCAUCCUCAUCUGUGGAUUCACACAUCUAUUUACUUUAACCCUUUUAAUAUCCGGCAACCAACCUGAUUGACGAAAAACAGAUUUAUGAGGGGUAAUUGACAUCGACUCCAGAGGAGAUUGAUUACUCUAGUAAAUUUGAAAAGUACCGCAUUCAAGCCAGCUAUUACUCUUUUGUGCUAGUAUUAAAAAAUAUGAGUUCUCAGAAACAAGAUGUCGUUCUCAAAUAUCAAUUACUUGAUAAUGAAUAAAAGUUCUAGGAUUUUAUUUUGGUAGCCAUUCUGAGCGUAAUCUCAUUCAUCAUAUUGUUGAUUAUAAUUUAUAUAGUUAGAAGAAGGUGUUAAUAUUUAUCAUAGAGUUAAGCAAAAGAAAAUCAAGAGGAAUAGUCAGAUAAUAUUGUUAUCUAAUUAAUGCCUAUAGUAAAUCCUGUCAAAGAUUAAGAUUGUGUAAUUUGUUUAGAUCCAUUAGAUAACAGAUUGUGUAGACAAACUCCUUGCAAACAUGUCAUGCAUGAUAACUGUUUGAAAUAAUGGAUUUAAAAAUAAUUGACUUGUCCAAUGUGUAGGGAAACUUUGAAUGAUGUAGAACAUGUACCCAGGGCUUUUAAAUCAAGAAACCAAACAUCGAACACUUUCAUUCUCAGUCACCAAGGUCAAUCUAUUGUAUAAAGUGACCGUAAUUCAGUUCGCUCUAUGAUCAUUACUCGAACCAGAUAAAGCAGACUAGCUGUUUUUUAAUGA